AUGAAGAAAGACGUACAACGCCACGAUCAGGAGGAACUCCAGCAACGGGCCCGGGAUGUGCUGCACAUCGAGAUUCUCCCCGGCACGGAGAUUAUGACGGACGCGCCGAGGAGGGACGGCGACGAGGACCUGUCUGCCAGCCAUGCCGUCUUGGUCCCUCAGCCAUCCGAUUCCGCCCACGACCCUCUCAGUUGGUCUCCUUUCUGGAAAGCCUCGGCCAUCGUUGCGUCCUCGUCCGUGACCUUUACGCAGGGCUUUGCUUCCCUGGCGCUUGCACCCAUGUUUCCGUUCCUCAUGGACGACUUCAACCGAUCGUUGGCGGAUGUGAUCAAGUUCACCGGCGUCAUCAUCUUGAUCCUGGGGUUCAGCAACUUUGUCUGGCAAGUCGCGCGCUCAGCCCACUCGACGGGGGUUCCCUUGGCAACGUCCAAGGGCCGGAGAGUCGUCCUGAUCGCGUCCCAGGUUCUCUGCUUGGCCUCGUACAUUUGGCGAGCAAAGGCGACGAGCUACACUUCGUUCAUGGGCUCGAUAAUCCUCAACGGUGUCGGUGCUGGCCCGGCCGAGACCCUUCAGCCGACUGUCAUUGCAGACUUGUUCUUCCUCGACGACCGUGGCAAGUGGAAUACGCUCUACUGGGUCAUAUACAUGGGCUCACUCAUGAUUGCACCCGUCAUCUCCGGCACCAUGGCCGAACACAGCGGCUGGCCCAGUUUCUUCUGGCUGUGUGCCGGACUCACGAGCCUGUCGCUCCUCAUCGUCCUGUUCGGCUUCCCCGAGACCAUCUGGCACAGAGCCAGGGACGAUGGCAGAGGCAGUGGAAAUGGCGACUGGGCCGCCAAGUCCUCCGACCCGGCACUCCAAGACGUCGUUCACGACGCCCGCGAGCCCGGCCGGCCGCAAGAGUCCUGGAUCGGAAGGGGCAGGCCGAAUCGCGAGCAGUGGCAAAUCUUCCAAACGACACCCUUGACCUGGAGGCUGGUCUGGCACGAGGUCUGGAUGCCCUGGCGCAUCUUCCUGUUUCCCAUUGUCCUGUUCGCCUCGUUCGCCGUCAGCUGGAGCUGCAGCGGCCUGCUCAUCAUCAACCUGACCCAGUCGCAAGUGUUUUCGGCUCCUCCGUACAACUGGUCUGCGCAGUCGGUGGGAUUCACGAGCCUGCCUCUCUUUGUCGGCGCCAUCAUCGGCCUCGUCACCGCAGGGCCCUUCAGCGACUGGGUUUGUGCCCGGGCGACUGCUCGCAAUGGCGGCGUUCGCGAACCCGAGAUGCGUCUACCGGCAAUGAUACCGUACAUCGUACUCAUGAUGCUCGGCCACGUCGUCCCCGCCAUAGGCUACCAGCAGAAGUGGCCCUGGCAGGCAAUCGUCAUCGUCGGAUAUACCUGCACUGGUAUUCAGGUCGCGGGCCUUCCCAGCAUCGCGAGCACAUACGCCGUCGACAGCUACAAGCCCGUGGCCGGGGCGCUCUUCGUAGCAAUCACCGUCAACAAGAACGUCUGGGGAUACGGCAUGGCCGAGUUUGUGACUGCGUGGAGCGAAGAGGCAGGGUAUGUGCGGCAUCUGAACCACGAACCCGACGUGUGA